AUGGCUCCCUUAGCCGAAGUUGGGGGCUUCCUAGGCGGCUUGGAAGGGUUAGGGCAGCAGGUGGGCUCCCAUUUCCUGCUGCCUCCUGCCGGGGAGAGGCCGGCUCUGCUCAGCGAUCGCCUGGCUCAGGCCGAGAGGGGGUCUAGAGGUGGCGGAGGUGCGGCGACUGGGACUGCGGAUUUAGCCCAUUUGCAGGGCAUCCUACGCCGGAGGCAGCUCUACUGCCGGACGGGCUUCCACCUGCAGAUCCUGCCCGAUGGCAGCGUGCAGGGCACCAGGCAGGACCACAGCCUCUUCGGUAUCCUUGAAUUCAUCAGUGUGGCAGUGGGACUGGUCAGUAUUAGAGGAGUGGACAGUGGCCUUUAUCUUGGAAUGAAUGACAAAGGAGAACUCUAUGGAUCUGAGAAACUAACUUCUGAGUGCAUCUUCAGAGAACAGUUUGAAGAGAACUGGUAUAACACUUAUUCGUCCAAUGUGUACAAACAUGGAGACUCAGGUCGGAGGUAUUUUGUAGCACUUAACAAAGAUGGCACUCCCAGAGAUGGGGCUAGAUCCAAAAGACAUCAGAAAUUCACACACUUCCUACCCAGGCCAGUGGAUCCUGAAAGAGUUCCAGAACUCUACAAAGAUGUGUUAGGAUACAGUUGA